AUGUCGACAGCCCCUCCCCCGAGCAGCGGGCUGCUCGCCUCCUCCAUCGCCUCCGCCUCGUCCCUCGUGGCCCUGCAAGCCUUCUCCCGGCUCUUCACCUUCGCGCUCAACCAAGCGCUCUUCCGGCUCGCCUCACCAAGCGCCUUUGGGGCCGCCGCGAUCCAGUUCGAGCUCGUCCUCAGCACCAUCCUCUUCCUCUCGCGCGAGGGCGUGCGGAAUGCCCUGCUGCGCGCCUCCUAUUCGGACUCUUCCUCUGAUACCGCCAUCCGAAGGGCGAACGUCGCCUUCGUGCCCGUCGCGGUGGGCAUCCCGCUCGCGCUCGGCACGUCGGUGGUGUAUGCGCGGCAUGCGAGUGGCGAGAUGAGGGCCCAGCCAGGAUUCGACGGCGCUGUAGCGGUGUAUGCGCUGGCGGCAGUGGUGGAGCUGCUCAGUGAGCCCUUCUACAACGUGGCCAUGACCUCCUUAAAAACGGGCGUUAGAGUACGUGCAGAAGGACUGGGGAUCACCUUCAAGAGUGUCACCACGUUCCUUGUUCUGCUGUACGACUCGAGGUGGGGAUCGGGGGACCUCGCCUUGCUCGCGUUCGCCCUGGGCCAGCUCGUCUACAGCGCAGUCAUGUUUGGUGCAUACCUUUUGUACCUGGGAAGUGAAUAUGUGCGCCCGAAAUCACCUUCAUCGAGCAAGCCAUCGCUGUUAAGCUACUUCGACCACGACGUACUACGGCUUUCGUUGACGAUGACCACGCAGUCGCUUGUGAAGCACUUCCUGACAGAAGGCGACAAGAUGAUCUUGUCGUGGUUCAGCCCGCUGCAUGACCAAGGAGGGUAUGCUAUUGCUGUGAACUACGGCUCCUUAAUAGCGCGUAUCAUCUUUCAACCCAUCGAAGAGACCCUCCGGCUUUUCUUCUCCCGUACCCUCGGCUCCUCUACCACCUCCGACUCUUCCACCACUAUCAAAUUUAAAUCCAACACCGAAGAACCCCAACUCGAGCUCCUCCAAGCAGCCUCCACCCUCCGCUCCCUCCUCUCCGUCCAGCUCUCCUUCUCCCUGAUCUUGCUGGUCUUCGGCACCGCCUACCUCCCCGUCCUCCUCCCUCUGCUACUCCCGCGCCAGUACCUCGCGACGAGCGCCCCGAGCGUGCUCACCGCCUGGGUAUGGUACAUCCCUGUGUUGGCGGUCAAUGGGGGGCUGGAGGCGUUCCUGUCGAGUGUGGCGAGCUCGAAGGACUUGAACGAGCAGAGUCGCUGGAUGGUGGGCUUCUCGACGGUCUACAUCCUCUCUGCGAUCUCGCUCUAUCGUCUCGGGUUCGGUGACGCCUCGCUCGUAUACGCCAACAUCCUCAACCUCUCCGCGCGGAUUGUCUACUGCUUGCGCUUCGCCACUUCUUUCUUCAUGCACUCAAAGCCCACCAGCCUCAACUCCAAACCCCUCUUUCGAUGGCAAGACACCCUACCUCCUAAAUCCCUCUUCGCAAUUUCGGCAUUCUCUGCAAUUGUCGUCUAUGCUAGUGAUGUGAGAUUGGGAACUGACGCGUUGACGGCCAAGCUUGGACGAGCAGCGCUGACGAACCCUUCGGUGGUACUUCACGUUGGUCUUGGCGGUUUGCUCACUGUUGGGUGCUUGUUGAUGUGGUGGGUGUCUGCGGGACAGUAUCUGAAGCUUCCUUCGCAGCAUAAAAAGAUGGAAUAA